UGCAAGCCAUGUGGUGGAGAAGCAAGUUCGGUUCGCGGCAUCGAGUUUAUGCAUAAAAAUCUGCGGUAGCUGCACAGGUAACCGCUUGUAGUACAGGCAAACGUGUGGCAGGCAUAGGCGUCAUCUGUGCGAAGAAAACAUGGGUGACGUAACGGAUAGCGCGUGUUCUUUCUCUGGAGAUAAACUGGAGCUGGAAGAUAAAAGUGAGGGAGAAAUCAGAAAUGAUCUGUCGGCUAUGUCUUUCGAAGAGCUUCAGGCUCUGAAAGAGAAGAUUGGUUUGAAGAUGUAUAAAGAAGCUGUUUUCGGCUUGGACCGCAAGAAACCGAAUCGGAAUUUUACGCGAGACAACAAGAACCGGCCACGAGAGAUGACUGCCAAGCAACAAGUUCCUGUCUAUAGGGAAGUCUUUCAGGCCAAAAAAAAGGUCAAACAGGACCCUCGGUUCGACGCGAGGUCAGGAGAUUACAAUGAGAGAGACUUCAGGGAAAGCUACUCAUUUGUAAAUGAUAUACGAUCAAAAGAGAGGCAAGAGCUGGUCAAGAUGGUUCAACAAGAAAAAGACCCCCAAAAGCGUAUGACGUUGAAAGGACUUCUACAGAAGAUGGAAAAUCAGGAAGCCACUGAAAAGAUGAAAAGCAUGAAGGCUUGCCUUGAUGACCAGUAUAGUCAGUUUCUUGCUGACAACCGUGAAAGCAAGCCGCUCUUCCUGAACAAGACUGCAAGACGAAAAAUUGAGCUGGCUGAAAGGUUCAAGCUUCUAAAAAAGGCUGGAAGACUCGACAAGUACCUGGAGAAAAGACGCAAGAAGAAUGUUCAGAAGGAGCGGAAAAGACUACCUUUAUCAGUUACUUGAAUUUGGCACGUAUACCUUGCUUUAAACACAUCUAUUCCUUCGUUU